GCAGUCACCGGUCCCGGUCGUCGAAAGAAGUCAGUGAUGAGAAGUCAGUGAAAUCUUGUGCAGUUGGAAUUAUAUCUUAGCUUAUAAGUGGUUAUGAUUAAUUUUGACUUAGUUUUUUGGCCUGCAAACUAAAGCUAAACUUCUUCGGGAUGGGUCAGCACGUUUCCCGUACAGAUUUUGAGUGGACAUAUACCGAGGAGCCGCACGCCAGCAGGAGAAAAAUUAUUCUGCAAAAGUAUCCUCAAAUCAAGAAACUUUUCGGCUAUGAUCCACAAUUUAAAUGGGUGGCAACGGGUAUGGUACUGGCCCAAUUUGCAAUGCUGUUUGUAAUGAAAGAUCAAUCGUGGAAGAUGAUUUUUCUGCUGGCUUACUGCUUGGGAGGUGUCAUCAAUCACUCACUAAUGCUUGCAUGCCACGAGAUAGCACAUAAUUUGGCGUUUGGACAUUCGAGGCCGCUAGCGAAUCGUCUGUUUGGAUUUUUCUGUAAUCUCCCGAUCGGGCUGCCCAUGUCAGUGAGCUUCAAAAAGUAUCACCUGGAACAUCAUCGUUAUCAAGGAGAUGAAGUGAUCGAUACGGAUUUACCAACCCUGCUGGAGGCAAAACUGUUCUGCAACACAUUUGGAAAGUUCAUUUGGGUCUGCCUGCAACCACUGUUUUACAUCUUUCGUCCACUGGUCGUGAAUCCGAAGCCUCCACAGAAACUAGAAAUCAUAAAUGGAAUUAUUCAGCUAAUUUUCAACACCAUCGUCGUAUAUUUUUUCGGCUGGAAGGUUAUGUUCUAUCUGGUGAUUGGCUCCUUGUUGGCGAUGGGCCUUCAUCCUGUUGCCGGUCAUUUUAUCUCCGAACACUACAUGUUUGCCAAAGGUUUCGAAACGUAUUCCUACUACGGUCCGCUCAAUUGGAUCACAUUCAACGUUGGUUAUCACAACGAACAUCACGACUUUCCGGCUGUGCCAGGACGGUACUUGCCAGAAGUGAAACGAAUCGCACCAGAAUUUUACGACACCAUCCCGCAGCAUUCGUCCUGGACGCAGGUGCUGUACGAUUUCAUUACUGAUCCUGCUAUCGGCCCGUAUGCAAGGAUAAAAAGGAAGGCGAGGGGACUGGAUUCUUAAUUCCGGUUUGAUACGCGGAUUCAAUAUACUGCUUAGUCAACGUCCUGCAUCGUAACAAUUAUGAGGUAAGAUUUAUUUUAUUUCCUACGCAGAAGCUGAGAAGAAACAGGUCAUCGUAUUUAUAUGAGUUUAAAACUUAUAUGGAUUUAAAACAAACGAAACUCUAGAAAUCGUUACCUAGAGGUACUAAUACAGACAGAUGUUAUUUCUGCAAUUGCUAACUGUUUGAAAUUUUUUAACAUACGUUUAAAUAUGCAAUGCAGACCGACAGAAUUGCGUCCGUGAUUCCAUCUUGACACAAGGAUAUUAUUUACUACAUUUACUAAUUCAAAUUAUAAGCGGCUCUUUUAUGCACUUGAGCUAGUUAACACUGUAAACUAAUUGAUGUGUGAGCUUAGAGCCUUAUUUUGUAUGUCACAGCCAGGCAGAGUUAUACGAUGUAUUUCGAACAUCUAAGCGCGAGUGGUUAGAUAGAACUUUACCUAACGAAUUGAAACUGAUUGCUAGGAAACCGAAGAUCGUGAUUGUUUUUUGGAGAAACCUAGAUGUCACUAAACGAUGAAUCCUAUGAAGAAUAAUCUUAAUGUUAACCAAAAACUAGAACUGAAUCUUAGAAGUCUAUGAGGAUUCUAACUAUGAAGGAGAAACACACAACCGUUGCUUAAUAGAUACUAUUAUAUUUCAAUUUGUUUGUGCUAUGAUUGUAAUGAGCUUACAUGUGCCCAUUGGAUGAGGCCACUGUAAAUACAUU